UACAAACACCGCUUGCCACUUCCUGUGACGUAGCGCUAGCUCCUGAUGCUACACGCGGGAAACAGAGGUUCGUCAGUGAUUAGCAUCAGUCAUCGCCUGCAGCCAACAUGGGGGACAUGCUGGAGUUCAACGAGAUCUAUCAGGAGGUCAAAGGCUCAUGGAAUGACGGACGGCUGCGUUUCAGCAAACAGAAUGUGGUUUAUAAGAACAACAAGACUGGGAAGGUGGACAGCAUCCCGGCCGGAGAGCUCAACCAGGCGCAGUGGAGGCGCGUGUGUUUAGGCCACGGCAUCAAACUCGGCACCAGCACGGGGCACGUCUACAAAUAUGACGGCUUCAGGGACACGGACUUUGAGAAGCUAUCAGAGUUUUUCAAGUUGAACUACAAGAUGGACUUGUCAGAGAAGGACAUGUCUGUGAAGGGCUGGAACUGGGGGACGGCCAAGUUCUCAGGACCGCUGCUGUCGUUUGAUAUCAACGACCACACAGCGUUCGAGAUCCCUCUGUCCAACGUUUCCCAGUGUGCCACUGGGAAGAACGAAGUCACACUGGAGUUCCACCAGAACGACGACACCGAGGUUUCUCUCAUGGAGGUCCGAUUCUACGUCCCGCCCAGUCAGACUGACGAACGACAAGACCCUGUGGAGGCGUUUGCCCAGAACGUUUUGUCAAAGGCUGAUGUCAUUCAGGCCACAGGAGACGCUGUUUGUAUCUUCAAGGAGCUUCAGUGUCUCACGCCCAGAGGAAGAUAUGAUAUUCGGAUCUAUCCGACAUUCCUCCACUUGCACGGUAAAACUUUCGACUACAAGAUUCCCUACACCACCGUGCUGCGACUCUUCCUGCUGCCUCACAAGGAUCAGCGGCAGAUGUUCUUUGUGAUCAGUCUGGAUCCUCCCAUCAAGCAGGGUCAGACGCGUUAUCACUUCCUCAUUCUGCUUUUUUCUAAGGAAGAGGAUAUCAACCUAACCCUCAACAUGAGCGAGGAGGAUGUGGAAAAACGCUUCGAGGGCAAACUCAGUAAAAACAUGUCUGGGUCUCUUUAUGAGAUGGUCAGCAGGGUGAUGAAGGCCCUGGUCAACCGCAAAAUCACUGUGCCUGGAAACUUCCAAGGCCACUCUGGCGCUCAGUGCAUCACCUGCUCCUACAAGGCGUCUUCAGGCCUCCUCUACCCUCUGGAAAGGGGCUUCAUCUACGUCCACAAGCCCCCGGUUCACCUGCGCUUUGAGGAAAUCUCCUGCGUCAACUUCGCCAGAGGCACCACCACGACGCGGUCCUUUGACUUUGAGAUCGAGACCAAGCAAGGAAACCAGUACACGUUCAGCAGCAUCGAGAGGGAGGAAUAUGGCAAACUGUUUGACUUUGUUAAUGCCAAGAAGCUCAACAUCAAGAACAGAGGCUUCAAAGAGAAGAAGGGCAUGAAGGGCAAAAUCGAUGAGUACAGCGACUCUGACGAAGACCAGCACGAUGCCUACCUGGAGAGGAUGAAGGCUGAGGGAAAGAUCCGGGAGGAGGGCAACGACAGUGACGAUUCAGACGGAAGUGGAAGCGACGAGUCUUUCAACCCUGGAGAGGAAGAUGAGGAAAUUGCAGAAGAGUAUGACAGCAAUGCUUCUGCCAGCGACAGCAGCGACGAAGGAGAUGAUAGCGAAGACGAGAGCGCAAAGAAAAAGGCCAAAAAAGCCAAAGUUGUGAAAGAGAAAAAGGAAAGAAAACCACGCAAAGAGAAGAAGCAGAAGGACAAAGCCGGCCCCAAGAGGCCGAUGAGCGCCUACAUGCUGUGGCUAAACUCCAGCCGCGAGCGCAUCAAGUCGGAGAACCCCGGCAUCUCCAUCACAGAGAUAUCCAAGAAGGCCGGAGAGAUGUGGAGACAGCUGAACAAAGACGAGAAGGAGGAAUGGGAAACAAAAGCAGGGGAGGCAAAGAGGCAAUAUGACAAAUUAAAGAAGGAAUACAAAGAAAGCGGAGGAGGAUCGACCUCCAGUCCCAGGAAAGAGAAGAGAAAAUCUGGUGGAAAAAAGGAUGAGAAGAAGAGAAAGUCCAGCGGUGGAGAGAAAGAAAAGGAACGAGGAGGAAACGACAGCUUCAAGAGCCGAGAGUUCAUUGAGACCAGCGACGAUAGUUCCUCCGACUCCGACCACAAGAGCAAAUCCAAGAAGAAGAGGAAGAAGAAGGAGUCAGAGGAGGAAGAGGAGGAGGAAGCUGUAUCCACUCCUGCCAGCUCAGAGGAAGAGUCUGACUGAAGAGACACUGAUCACACCCACAGACCCAGGACCAACUGUUUUUACCGUUGAUUUCAAACCAAUCAACAAACUUGAGUUGUACCUUUUUCUUCAGCACAUUUAAUUUUAAAAGUACAAUCACGUACUUUGUGACUACGUCUGGAAACCAAUCUGCGCUGAUAUUUGAGCUCGUCUCCUCCUGACAGCUCGGUGAAAUAAUGAGAUAGUUGAACCUAUGGGAAUGUUUGUUAGCUGCAUAGCACCGAGGAUUGUAGGAGUUAUUAGCUUUUCAAUGUAAAGGGGGAUCAAUUUUUGUUCCUCUUGUGUAGUGCUCUUUAAAAAAUGUCUUUUUUGUUGUUUUCAGGUCAAAAUAAAUGCAGAAUUUUUCAA